AUGGGGGUGGAGGAUCUGAAAUGGCUUGGUUUCUCUGGCGUUUGUAUAGAAGCUUGCAGGAUUAUAUUUUCAGGGAAGUGGCUUUUCACAAAGAUCACAUUUGCUCUCAUCCUGCCUCUAUGUUUCAUCUCCUUAAUUAACAAUGAGAUCUCUGAACUCAUAGCGCGCAACAUUCACGUAAGCGAAGUUUUAUUACGGAAGCUAGAUUUGAAUAAUCCAUUGCAUGACAAGCUUGCAGAUUUUAUAUUCUCCAAACAGACGGCCGUCUGGAUAUUCGGUGUCGCGUACACUCUCUUUGUCUAUAUGAUCUCCCUUCUAGCUACAUCUGCAGUUGUUUACACCACUUCCCACAUUUAUAUCUGUAAAGGACAUAUCGAUGACGAAAUAUCGUUCAUCAAUGUCAUGUUCGUUAUUCCGAAGGUCUGGCGUAGACUUGUAAUCACAUUCUUAUGGAAUGUCUUGUUUGUGACUUGUUUUACCAUCUGGAUGUUACUCACCAUAGUCGUAGGCUUGGCCUUACUUCAUUACGCCCAGGGACAAGAUGCUAGCUCCAAAGAUGACCCAGUGGGGUUCCAUUACACUCUCUUAGAUGCAUUCUUUGGAGGUUUUAUGCUGAUCAUCUAUUGGAUUGGUUACCUGUACAUAAUUGCCAUUUGGAAUUUGGCUAGUGUGGUAACCAUACUUGAAGAUGUAUAUGGCAUCAAAGCCAUGAAAAAGGCCAAAGAGUUGAUAAAGGGUAAGCAAUGGGUUUCAUAUAUUACCGUCGUUCUCAUCUACUCGUUCUUAGAGUACUUCAACACAAUGGCGUGGGAUAUCGUUAAAGCUAAGUAUGAUCCUGCAUUGAUUACAACUGGAAUAGUGGCUAAGUUGAUAAUUGGAACAGUGUGCCUCUUGCUUCUACUGAUUGAGCUUCUAGUCGGGCUCGUUGUCCAAUCUGUGCUCUACUUCGUUUGCAAGUCUUACCACAGUGAGACAAUCGACAAAGCCAGUCUUGAAUGUUGCUUGAAAGCUUUCCGCGAGGAAUAUGUUCAUCAUGAAAGGAACACAAAAACAUUACAACACAAGCAAGUUGAUAUUCCUUGA